UAUUUUUACAAAAUGUCCCAACCUCAGGGUUGUACUUGAAAAAUAAGAGGAUGUCUCAGAAAUGAAACUACAGUGUGUUACGUGUGCGUCUGCACCUGCACAUCUGUCUGCAUGUUUUUGUUCUUGUUUGUGAGGUAUGUUCCUGUUUAUGUAUCCCCAUGUGUAUGCAUGUGUGUGUGUGUGUGUGUGUGCGCGCAUGUGUGUGUGCGUAUGUGUACCUGAUAUAGCCAAGUCUGGCAGUAUCAAACUCCCAAGUUUAUAUUUGCAUUUCUAAGUUAGCGUGUAGCCUAUUCAUUUUUAGUAAUGUAAAAACGGAUAUCCAUUUUCAAGGUCAUUUCGCAUUUAAUUUCAUUUUUGCUGAGUAAUGCGUUCAUGGAUUUUUGUUUGUUUUUUUGUUUAUCUAUAAUCAAAGCAAUUAAACUGAACACUUCUCAUUGUAAUGUAGAUUUUCAUUUUGGGUUAACAUGCAAGUGAUAAAUGAAUAACAGUUUAGUUGAAUACUCUGGACAGAGGCCAAAUUAAAUUUCUUGAUUUUUUGUUGAUCACAAACUUGUUGAUCUAGGAAGUUAAGCAUUAUUGCCGAAGCAUGGAGAAUAUCUAUGUUCGUCCUAGACAGUUAAACUCAAUGCAAACAAAUGUUCAACAGUUACUAUAUAAGACAACAUUUUCUGCUGUCUGUCACGGUUCACAAUAAACCACCAGUUCCGCUUCUUAUUCACUCAGUCUGUGACAUAGAGGGAAUACAAAACACAGCCAUGCAGAGAAUGGCCUGGAAAAUACUUUGUCAGGUGACAAUAGUUUAAAAGUUUCAUAAGCGUUACUGAUUUCCAACUGAUUAGCUUCAGACAAAAGGCUGACUGAAGGGUUUUUUGUCACCAUGAAUCACUCACAGUUGGUUCCUUAAAACUCUCAAAUUGUCUGUUCUCAUCAGCUUUUUGGUUUCACCUCCUCUGCUGUGGUUGACUGUGAUCAAGUUAGAGCAGACUUCAAUUUUUUUUUAAUUAUUAAAAAAUAAAACAAAAACAAAUCCCUGUUGUGACCAGCACAUGCACUGCAGUGGACCAUCCAGCUAGUCCAACAGGAAAAGCAGCACUGCAAACCUAUUUUUAUUCACCCUGCGGAUUACAACACAGUACUUUCCCAUGACUCAUCUUACACGUAGUGAAGUCUUAAAACUAAAAACAGAUAUCUUACUUAAAAUACUGAAAUUUAUCUGUGGAAAGGGUAUCUAACGCAAGCAUCAGUAAUAAUGAAAGAAGAGGAAAAUUAGUGUAGUUAUUAGUUAUUAGUUAGUGGAGAGCAGACAUGACCUUGGUGACCUCAUUCAGUGUUUUAAUGGAACUGGAAUUGAAGAGAGUCAAGAGAAGUGUGGUGCAAGAGGUUUUCUGAAAAUGUGUUGACUGUAAUCUGGUUCUGAGUUUGUGUGUGUGUGAUAGGGGAGUGGAAAAGAGAAGUGAUUUUCUUACAGAAGCCAGCCCGAAUGAAUUCCCUCCCCUCUGUGACAAAGACAUUUUCAUUUGCAUUUAUGCAAGCGAUCUGACAACAACGACUUAAUGCAUGAGGUCCUAAAAUGUGAACUGUUGGAUUAAACAUGAAUAUGGAUACAUUAAAUAAACUUGCUGCUCCGGCUACAGAGAAAAUUCGGCAGCUUCAGAAGAUUGUUCAAGACAUCAGAAAAAAUGACAGCGGCUUAUUGAACAAACUCAGAAGACUGAAAAGCAAACCACUUCCAAAACUACCGGCAAGAGAUUACAGAGAUGAUGACCAACAGUCUGAACCUGACUAUGAUAAUGAGAUGUACGAGGACCCACGUGAGGACCAGGAUGACAGCUAUGAGCCUCCUCCCAGUCACAGAGUCUUCACCACCACUCCCUCAGCUUCCUUCCAGAAAGGGGAGUAUCUUGACAACUGCCGUACCCAGCCCAACCAGCCAUCCAGGAAGCCCCUCCGCCCAGACAAAGCCUCCAAAAAACUACCCCCUGAACCCACCCACAUGGGGAGUGAUGAAGAAGACUACAUCAAUCCAGAUGGCAGUAACGAUGAUGACAACUAUGUAGAACCUGCAGAGAAUCCACCUUCCAAUCCUAUGAUGCAUUGUGGGAGCAGAGCAGGGAGGGACCUUCCCAUGUUGCCAACACCUUCACCAGAAUGUGAACCCAGUCCUGAUUUUUAUGAAGUUCCUGACAAAGAGAACAACUCAUUAUCUCUUCCAACAAGCAGAGCGAGCAGACUAUCUCCAAUCCCCACAACACACUCACAUUCUUUACCACCGAAACCCAGCCCCAGAGUGAAUGUGAGGAGAUCUCCCACUCCUGUCCAGGAGCCCACAGACAACGAUGAAUAUGAAGUCUGUGAUCCAGAAGAUAGUACCAGUGAUAAACCUGCAGAAGGUCCUCCUCCAUUACGACCCAAACCUUUGCCCAGAGAGAGGUCACCGAAACCACCAUUAAAGCCGAGGCCAGAUUUAAAACCUAGGGAAUUUGAAAGCCGAACACUCCCUGUGAUGCAAACUGAGCAGAAGCCCCCGCCGAAAGCUUUUACACUGGACAUGAAGCGACCAAAAAUUCCUCCUCCACAGUUUACCUCUGCCCAAGCAGCUAACAGAGGAAGCUUUUGUGCUGAAAAUGGAUCAGUGGACCAAGAUAAGGAUGCAGACAUCUGUAACAAAUCCUGGUAUGCCGCAUGUGACCGCAAGACUGCUGAUGAUGCCUUGUUCCGCUCAAAUAAAGACGGGGCAUUUAUGGUGAGGAAGAGCUCUGGUCAGGACGCACAGCAGCCCUAUACGUUAGUGGUGUUUUACAACAGCAGAGUGUACAACAUCCCAGUCCGCUUCAUACCAACAACUCAGCAGUACGCCCUGGGAAGAGAGAAGAGAGGGGAGGAGUAUUUUAGGAGUGUCUCCCACAUCAUCGAGAACCACAAGAGGAUUCCUCUGGUGCUGAUUGACAGCCAGAGUAACACAAAGGACGCCACCAAGCUGUGCUACCCUGUGAAGCCCUAGAUGACCUUCACUGAUGAUGUUCCAACCUGCCGUGUUUACUGUCAGACUGUUUACAGAACUCAUUAUCUGAUGCUUUUCUCCUUCAGAGUUAAUCUGAGGUCGUCUCAAUGAGAUGCGGUGCUGCGCUUGCCUGCAUUGCUGGCCAUGCAGAGUGAAAAGUAGCAAUCACUCAGACGACUUGUUCAUUUUCUUUUUUUUAAGACAUUUUUUAAUGCUCAGUCAGUAAAUAGUGUAUUAAAAAUAAAGGCAAUGGAAAGUU